UCAACCUGGAGUUGACGUUCACGUUCGACAUGACAUGGACGGCCCACCGGGAUCAGCUGCAGUCCUCCACUUGCAGUUCUUGGUCAAUGAGGGAGCACUCAUAUCAGCCACGGCGGACGAUGCUCUACACCUGUGGAACUUUCGACAAAAAAUUCCGCAGAUCGUGCAGAGUCUCAAGUUCCAAAAAGAAAGAAUCACGUGUAUGCAUCUUCCAUUGCAGUCGAAAUGGCUCUACGUGGGUACGGAAAGGGGUAACGUUCAUGUAGUUCAGAUAGAGAAUUUUAAUCUUUCCGGAUAUAUAAUAAAUUGGAAUAAAGCUAUAGAAGUCUCACGAAAAACGCACCCCGGUGCUAUAGUACAUCUAAGUGAUAACCCUUUAGACGCUAGCAAAUUGUUGAUAGGAUUCGAAAGUGGAUUAGUAGUCCUGUGGGAUUUAAGGAAUAAAAUGGCGGACAUGAGGUGGCUGACGAAUGAGUUGAGAUCCAUAGCGUGGCAUCACGAGGGCAAACAGUUCAUGUGCUCACACACAGAUGGCACCCUGACAACUUGGAGUUUGAAAUCGCCUCUUAAGUAUAUCCAUAUAUCACAACCUCAUGCAAAAGUUAAUAAAGAAGGUAAACCGGAACAGUGUAAACCCAUUACAAAAGUUGAAUGGAGAUCAUCUAGAAUGGGAGAAGCUUAUGUGAUAUUUUCCGGAGGAAUGCCUUACGACCAAGCCAGCAGAACCCCCUGUAUAACCGUUGUAUUUAGUAAAACAACUACUGUUUUAGAAAUGGAACAUAACGUUAUAGAUUUUAUCACGUUGUGUGAAUCUCCGUAUCCAAGUGAACUUCAAGAACCGUAUGCAAUAAUAGCACUUCUUCAAAACGACUUAGUAAUCAUGGAUCUCCAAACAGCUGGUUUUCCAUGUUUGGAAAACCCUUAUCCCAUGGAUAUUCAUGAAUCUCCCGUAACUUGUUGCAGUUACUUGGCUGACUGUCCUGCCGAUCUAAUACCAGCUUUUUAUUCCGUUGGACGAGCGAGCGCCCUGAAAAGGACAGGAUUCUCAGAAAUGGAUUGGCCUAUAAAUGGAGGCACGUGGCCUGCGCACGCAUGUACUUACGCCGAAAUAAUCAUGACAGGACAUGCUGAUGGUAGUAUCAAAUUCUGGGAUGCGAGCGCUGGCACACUUCAAGUUCUCUACAAACUCAAAACGGCCAAAGUUUUCGAAAAACCGAAAUCGAAAUCCCUGGACUCUGACGAAGACCCUUUUGCGGUAGAAAUUAUAUCACUGUGUCCAGAAUCCAGGAAGCUGUGCAUCGCAGGAGCUUCUAGCCACGUUAUACUUUUUACUUAUAAAAAAACCGAAAGUAAUGAUGAGAUAACCGUUUUGGAGGUCCCAAUCAUUUAUGAGGUACCAGAAGAAGCCGAAAACUCACCUGACUGCCAGUUUUCUGGUCCAGGCAGCGCUGGAUCUGGGAAUAAAAUGGAUAUGCUGGAUUUUGACAAUAAAAAGGAAGGAGCAACACUGAAAGUAAAGUCUGGUAGUCAAAAAAAACUCCCAGGAUUCCAGGCGCAACUAGUUUGUCUAACUCCCUGGAAUAAUGGGGAACCACCUAGUCAUAUCACGUCUUUGUCUGUCAAUAGUUCAUAUGGAUUAAUGGCAUACGGUAACGACGCUGGCAUUGUGAUAAUAGAUAUAGAGCAAAGAGUAUGUCUUCUGAACGUCGGCAGUCCUGACAUGUACGGUGCCCAAGAUCCCUAUUCUCGAAUAGCGAGGAGUCCGAAGAAGUGUCAAACUCUUGCCGACACCCUGCCUAUCAACAUGGACAGGGAUGAGAGACAGCCCCGUAGUCCAAGCAUAGAUCAGAUGGGACGAUCCCCAGAAAGCCCAUUCCCCUUUGCCCCUUGCCCCACACCCGUAGAGCAAGCAUGCGAAGCCUUGGAAGAAGAGAAAGCCGUGCCAAUACCACAAAAUCGACGAAAAUCUUCUACCUGGAAGGGUUUCAAUUUAAAACGUCAAUUGUCCAAGGUAGACAUCAAACUCAAAAACCCUCUCAAGGAGAAGAGGGGUAGCAUAUUUUAUUCUGACACUUCUCCGGGGCAGGACUUCAUGGACAACCUGGAGGAAACCGAGAAGUCGUCUCCAGAAUCUGACGAGAACACCGUUAUCGACAAUCAAAGUAUCAUCGACUUGACAAUCAAACAAGGGGAUCAGUACGGCACGAUCAAUGCCGAUGACAAUGAGAUAGAACAAUUUAGCCCAGAAGAAGAACCAGAGGUGCCUUUUUUAGUGGGUUCUUUAGGAACCCAGUUAGAUUACCCCGAUUUUCGAAAAAUGAGCGCCAUCACCAGACCCGAUAAUUUGGAGCUGCUCGGCGACGAUGAACCGCCGGUUAGACCUCCCAGGUAUAAGAAGAAGCCGCAACAAGAGAAAAGGGACCAACGGCUGCUUUCCGUACCUAACAUAAAAUUUCAGAAACCCGAAGCGCAGAACUUUAAAGAUUUGCGGGACAAAGAGGACGUGACGGUAGUUAGUCCCCAGCCGAGUUUCACGGGGAACCUUAUGAGACGUUUCAGAGAUACAAGAAUGCCAAAAGUACUUACAAAUUGUUCAUGUAUUUGUGAACCAGACAAGCUUGACAGUUCGUUCUCACGGUCACGAUCAUCUUCGAUGAGCUCGCUGGAGAAUAUUACCUCGGAGUCGAUACAAUGUCUAGCAUUUGCUGAUUCAUAUACCAAGAAGUCAGAACCGACAGUUUUGACCCCAACUUUAUGGGUGGGCACGAGUUUAGGAUCAGUGAUAACAAUUUUAAUUAGCCCACCAGAUCCGGACAGCCGUUCCUCGCAACCAGUCGUCGUCUCGCUAGUCGGAGCCACCAUCUUCAGGUUGAAGGGUUCAAUAUUAACGAUGUCCUUCUUAGAUUGCAAUGGCUCUCUGAUACCAUACUCUUUCGAAUCUUGGAGAGACGACCACAAAGAAAAAAGAGACAGAACUCCUACGAGAAAUCAGAAUAGCAGAAUGAGUCCAACGCUGAGUGGAGGGGAGUGUAUAAGUAGGAGUGACAACUCUUCAGACAGGCAGUUUGUUGUGAUAGCCAGUGAGAAGCAAGCGAGAAUAGUAGCUCUCCCAUCUCAAACCUGCGUGUACCGGCAACAACUUGCCGAUAGCGAUUUUGUAGUGAGAGCAGAGGUCAUUUCUUUGAGGGAUAGCGUAUGCUUAGUUACAUAUGUUUCCAAUGGCCAUCUCAUGGCAUAUAGUUUGCCAAGCUUGAGGCCGUUGCUAGAUAUCGAUUUUUUGCCAUUAUCCGAGCUUAGUUUCCAGACACAAUCUAACAAAGGCAUAGUAGACCCAAUGUUAUCCAUUUGGGGACAACAACUCAUAAUUAACGAGGAUACUGACCAGAUUGCAAGGACCUUCAAUUUCAGCAAUAGAGGCCAUGGACUAUACUUGGCCUCACCUUCUGAGCUACAGAAAUUCACGCUAUGCUCUGACUUUUGCUCAAAUCUCUCCGAAAUGAUAGGCGAACUGUUCUUGCCCUUAGAUAUGCCAGAACCUCCAAAGGAAGGAUUUUUCAAAGGACUAUUCGGAGGCGGGGUACGAUCGUUAGACCGAGAGGAACUUUUCGGAGAAUCUAGCGGGAAAGCCAGCAAGGCGGUUGCUAAGCAUAUACCAGGAAAUAUUUCCGAUCUAAAUCAAAGAGCAACUAGCGCUAGCAGUGAGGUCAAUCGUGCUCACAAACUCAUGUUGGAACGUGGAGAAAAGCUGAAUCAACUAGAGGAAAAAGCAGAACGAAUGAGAAGCGAAGCUGAGAAUUUCUCUUCUUCGGCUCAUGAACUCAUGCUCAAGUACAAAGAUAAAAAAUGGUAUCAGUUGUGAAGUGGUUAGUUAUUUUUAUAAUAAUCUGAAAAAUAUUGGUAACUGUACAGUUUUUCGUACUAGAAAAGUAGUAUGAUAAUAGUCAAUAGAUGGAUAAGUAAUGGUAAGUGACAAUUAAAUCCCUCGCCGUAUUCCUUCAAAAUGUCUUCUUGAAUUUUCUAAGUCCAAGGAUAAACAAGUAGUUUCUCAAUAUUCAAAAAUAAUAAUGAAUGGUAUCUGAUGACGUAGCGUUGAAAAUCAUGUCAGCAGAUUUUUUAUUGGUAUAUUAUUCACAAGUGUAGCUUUUUUUUAAAAAUCAACCGUUUUCUAAGUAAUUUAGUCUAUGGGUUGUACCCUAGGCGUAUUUCACCUUAUAAUAUAAAUGAUAAUGUUUAAACAGCUUUACUCAAACAAUAACCGGGUUCGAAAGAGAAAUGAUAAUCUGUAGAUUUUUUCGAUAGUAACAGAAGAUGAACCUUUCGAAAAUAAGUUUUCAUAUCUCAUUCAAUUUUUACGAGUCUACGGUUUUUCUCCUAGGGUGUUUGAUUCGUCACUUACGAUCCACUAAAACUUCUUAAACUUAAUGCGAAUUGUGAUAUUCUAUUCUGCCUGUGGGAGGACAGAUCAUGAUAACGUUAUUUUAACUUCAAAUAUGAUUUGGUACUAUUUUGAAAUGACACUUGGUUCUCGCAUCCCAAAUGUCUUGCCAUAGAGUAUGUUCAUGAUGAUAGAGUAUUUUAUAGAACUAGAGUAUUCUUGUAGCAACAUUUUUUUACCUCUGCUACUGAAUAUUAUUUUCCGAAUGUGGUAUGUUAAAUGCAGUGUCGAUAUCUAUUCAGCUUUUUUGACGAAGUACUCGUUCAAUAGCUGCAGAUUUUUUCAGAAGUACCUAGUCGAUUAAAACAAUGGAAAAGUAUUAUUCAAUACUUUUCUGUAUGAAGUUUUAUAGAGCCUUUUAAGGGUAGAUCUUUCUUAAACAAAUUAGACCUUCAUUCUCAAAGAAAUAAUAUCUUCAGGUAAUAACACCUAAAAAUUCUUGUAGUUAAAUUUUCAUAUCAGGUUCAACAUCAUUGAUAAAGUGAUAGUAAAUUUCAGUUAGUUUAAGAGAAAAAGGGUUUUGUUUUCUAAAGUAUUUUC